GGGCCUCGGGCCGGUGUCGCGUCGCUUAGCAACCGCGGGGCGCUGCUGAGGGCAGUAAGAGACGAGCAGAGAUGCAGAUGUUAAUGCCCGAACCUCAGAUUUACGUAGAGAGAACUCUGGCCCUCAUCAAACCUGACGUCAUUGACAAAGAAGAAGAAAUAGAAGAAAUAAUCCUCAGAUCAGGAUUCACCAUUGUUCAGAAACGAACGCUCCAACUCAGCCCAGAACAAUGUAGCAAUUUUUACGCAGACCAAUAUGGAAAAAUGUUUUUUCCUAAUUUAACAGUAUAUAUGAGUUCUGGACCUUUAGUUGCUAUGGUUCUUGCCAGACAUUGUGCAAUCUCCUACUGGAAGGAGCUAAUUGGGCCAUCAAACAGCAUAAAAGCUAAGGAAACACACCCUGACAGUUUAAGAGCAAUCUAUGGGACAGAUGAUCUGAGGAAUGCGGUUCAUGGCAGUCUCAGAUUCUCAUCAGCAGAAAGAGAAAUUCGGUUCAUGUUUCCUGAAGUGAUUUUGGAACCAAUUCAAGUUGGACAAGCAGCUAAGGAUUACCUGAACCUCUACGUAAAUCCAACAUUACUAGCUGGCCUCACUGCCCUUUGUAAGCAUAAACCAGCGGAUCCCUUGAUUUGGCUUGCUGAUUGGUUGAUUGAACAUAAUCCCAAUAAACCCAGACUACAGCAUGAUGUGACUGUGGAAGAACCAUAAGGAUGCGAGUUCAACCAAAAUGUUUUCAAACACCGUUAUUUUAUUAUGAUUUUAGUGGUCCAUUAAUGUUACAUGGAACAAAUGCUGGUGUUAUAAUAUCACCAUCUACGUGUACUGCCUGGUAAUCACUGGAUAGACUAAACUGGUAAUUGCUGCUUGUAGCCUUGAUCUUUUGAUUCCUAAAUUUUACAUGAUACUUAUUGGGUUAGAUAGGAGACAGAUUUUGUUAUAUUUUCUUUUUCUGCCUUUGCUUAGCUGUCCAGAGAGAGGGAAAUGUUUACCACUAUACAUCCAGAGCAAUUUCACUGUUCCACAUAUGUUGAAGGACUCACACAAUUCUUUCCAGAGAACACACUACACUCAUACAAUUGUAAAAUCAAGUCUUGCAUUUCAGCACCUGCUUAACAGCCAUUUGCCUCAACAUAAAGUCAAGUGCCUAGAUACAUCCUCCAAAACAAUUACUAUAUGCCAUUUUAGCACAGUGAUUUGAUCAGCAGUUAUAGGUUGCAAGCUCAGUCUUGAUGAAAUAAUAUGAUUCACUUGUGCCUGAUAGGGCUCAUCAAAUAUUCAUUGGAGGAAAGAAGUUCAAAUCAGCUUUCAGGACUAGGUGGCUAAUGGUCCAGCAAUUAUAAAUUAAAAUCCAAAGACUUCAUUAAGUUAGAGGUAAGCAUUACUAUCAUAGCACAAUAUCCAAAAAGGAGUGUUAAACUUUAAUAUCCUAUCCCUUAUUGGGUUUUUUUGGUGGCGGAGAGGACGUGUUUUGAUUUCAUUUAUGUUAAAGGUAUAUUCUGGGUCCUAAUUUUGUCCAUGUUAUGGCUCUGUUUUUAAAGAACUUUAUUUUUUCCCCAAACAGCAUGGGGUUAUCACAAAUGGGAGCAAGCCAUGCCAUGCUGUUCCAAGUGCACUAAUCCUCCACUACUGCAUUUUUCUCAGAAAGAUCCUGUUUCAGACUAUUGUGGUGGCGUGGUUUUCUUCAAACUCUGUCUCCUGUGGUUUGCAUAGACCGAGCAUAGCAAUUACAAUUUUUUUUUUGAAAUGUUGCUAUGUUCGAUCACCAUUGGUAAUGAUCUGCUGCAGCAUUUAGUUAGUUGGUAGGGGUGGGAUUGAACUGAUUUAAAGGAGUUUGUCAUUCAUGUUCAGAAUAUAAAGUAUUUCCUGUUAAGUAUUUUCUUCCAUCUACUGACAUACCCAAACUUUAAUAAGCUUGGGACAUACCAACCACAUGCCUGUUUAAAAAUAAAGUGAAACUCCACACAAGUUAAUUGUUUUCCUCUUGCUUCACUGGUAUGCAACAGAAUUGCUGACUCGGAGCAUCCAAAAAAGAGUUGGGCCCCAACAUUCAUGAGAGAGACUUAAAAAUAACUACUAAAAAAAAAAUGGUUCUUGCUUACCUUUUCACACAUGAGUCUUUAGAUAUCACUUUUUAAAUCUUUUCCCCAAUAUUUUUGGAGAGAAACGAAAGAAAAAAGCAUUUUUUCCUGAGUUCAGGACCUUGAAGCUUAAGAGCUCCAAACAUCAUGAGAAUUGGCAACAAUUCUGCAAUAAUUCAUCUUUUACAUUAAUAGUUAUCUCUGCUUUCUUCCAUGGUCUCCUUGUUUUUGGUUAUGUGCCAUUGCUUUAUAUUUUCCUUCUUUUUCUUCCUGCUCCAGCAAUAAAAGAGUUAAUGAUAUCUGGCUUUGGAAAUUCCAAGAACCAAAAUCCAUAGAACUUCAACAAUUUUUCCUGUAUUGUGUAAAUCAUUUUGUGUGAAGAGCAAGUGCAUUUACAUGGAUAAUAAAC